UGAACCUUAGGAACGUAUUUGAAUGUGACGGUACAAUGGAUGAAAGUGCAGAUAGCAUUGGUUUUCUGGCGAAGGCCCAAGUGACGUCUUGUUUGGGGUAAUCUGACUUCAUAAACUUUUCCGUUCAACUAAAGACUCUUUGGUUUAUUUAUUUCAAGUCUUUUAUUGAGCUAUGCUACACCCACCUACUGUUUGUAAGUGAAGUUAUCGGGCAAUAAAUUCCACUUUCUCACUGCUCCUAAUGACAAAGAAUGUCACUACACAUCCUUGAGGCCAGAAAUUUUGUUUCGUAUGAGAAGUUUAUCAAUGAGUAGAGGUGUUAUUAUAAAAAGCUGUACAAGCUUAUUAUUACCAAUUUCUUAUGGAAGUGUGGCGUGUAAAAGUCCUUGAACUAACACACCUUAUAUUAGUCACCUACAUAUAGUGUAAUAAACGUAUUCGUUAUGACGGUGCUUAAGCAACUUGAUACUCAUAAUGUUAUAUUUAUUUUAUGCUUUUAUAUUAUAGAUUCUGGUCUUCAAGUUAUACGUGCCUUAUUUUAAAUAAACUUUAAAAAUUCCUGACAUUAUAUAUAUACAAACGCACCUAUAUAGGAUGCACUAUGUGCUCACAUCACACUAACGAUGUAUAAAUUCACUAAUGUGCAUGUGUCUACAAAGUGACCUUAGCAUUUUUACGGCAGAGGUUGGCUUUGCCAUAUGGAAACCAAGGUCUAAACCUGCAUUAAAUUGGAGGUUUCAGCAGUUAUCAUAUAGACACAAGAGAAUCCCGAAAAAUGGGCAGUUCCCUUUAUUAUUUCUGAACUCACAUUUGAUGAUAUUCAAUUUGUGUAUUCUGUGGGUAUUCAAAUCUUUGAUCUUUUGUUGAGUUACACGUUCUUAUUGAACCAAAAACUACAAAAUAAUUUGUGAGGCGGCUUAAGAAGAUGACGUUUAAAGAAUGGGAAAAAUAUCAAGACCGAUGGCUGAACGAUUGUCCGAUAAAGGCACUUACCUAACAGUAUCCGUAGCUGAUUUACACAAUCCUUAUCUUAGCUAUCCAACAGUUAGAACCCGUAGCUCUGGGAGGGCUUGCCGUGGCGAAUGUAUUCUUAUAAACCAAAGAGAUUUUCAUCCCUCGACCAAUCAAACACGACGCGAUGGUACAGAUAUUGAUGCUGAUCGUGUUGAAAGAGUAUUCAAAAGUUUGAACUACAGAGUGACACGUAUACUCAACGUUACAAAAAGUGUACUUCAUCAGACGCUUGUAGAAGCUUCUCAAAUGGAUCAUUCAGCCUAUGAUAGUUUUGUUUUUGUCAUGUUGAGUCAUGGUGACAACAAUGUUGUUUAUGCCACAGAUGGUGAAAUUCUAACCAAUUACAUUAUGGCGUUUUUCCGUGGAGAUCGUUGUUCUUCUCUGAUUGGGAAACCUAAACUGUUCUUCUUUCAGGCUUGUCGAGGUGCAGCUUUUGAUAAAGGAGUUUCAACUAUGGUGACGGAUGCCAGUGGAGACGUGAUAGUACACAAGUUGCCAAUAGAAGCGGACAUACUAGUCGCAUAUUCCACAGUCCCAGGAUUUUUCGCCUGGCGUAAUUCGUCAAUGGGUAGUUGGUUCAUUCAAGAAUUGUGUAAUGUUCUUGAAUCGGACAUGAAAAGAGUGAAUCAUUCAGAUAUCAUGACACUGCUUGCAGUUGUUGCACGCGUAGUAGCCUACCAGUAUCGAUCAAACACAGGUAUGGUAGAGACAGACAAUAUGAAACAAAUGACCAGUACUGUAAGCACCUUAACUCGUCUGUUUUAUAUAACUGGACCACCACCGUCGUCAGCAGCAGGGAAUAAUGUUCAGUCGACGAUGUGAUGAAGUUCCUGCAAAUUUGCACACAUUUGUUUUUGAUAUUUUAUACAAACAUAAAUGAAGAAUACUCUGUAAUUCCUAACAAAUAAAUCCAAUACUAGUGAAAAUUGAUACAACUAUACAGGAUGGAUGUGUAAGUGUUCAGCUAAUUUCAAGUCAACUUUCGUUUUUUGCUAAACAACACUAUCGCUGCACAUAGUUGAUUACCUUAAAUGCCUUUUUAUAUUUUGCUUAGACGAUCUUAUCAUUACUUAUUCUUGUAUGAAAUGCUGUUGUGUGUUCUAUUUCUGAAAGUUUUAACUCAGUUAAAAAGAUAUUGUAAAUUUUCAACGUUUUCCCACCUCCUGCCUACCCGCAGACAGAUGACCACAUAGCCUGUGUGCGAGUGCCUUUACUCCAAUAUUGUUCACAAUGAUGUUAAUUGUGUUUAAUGCUAAUUAAAAUUACUCAAUUACGCCUCAUAAGUUAAAUCAAUUCUUUCCAAUUGGUAGACAAAUUAACGUGCAUUUGUAUGUAGGUGACUACCGAGAGACAUCUUCCGUCUUGUUUGCAAAUCGUCAGCUGGAUGUACCUGUAUGUGAGUGUACCGUAGUGGUGUUUGCGCCGGGACUCAAAAUCUCCUUUUCGUUCUAUAUGGUAAAGCAUUAUUUACUAGCUUCAAGAACAACGAGAGCCACUUACUAUUGUAUUCACUGAAAUUUGUUAUUUGUCGCCGUUUUGUUUAAACUAGACUGAAAUAACUGGCUCUUAGUUGGCAUGUACCUAUAUUCAUUCGUGUUCUUCAAACUUAAAUGUCAGCAGAAGGCAUUCAUCAUCAUUUUAAACGCACGUAAUUCACGCAGAAAUAUGUAUCAAAUUAUCAUAGCCGUUACUCUAGUACAUAGAUAAGGAAUCAAAAGGGAUCAAGAAUUGAAAAAUCAGAUGAAAUGAGCGGAAAUUAUUAUAUUUGGUAAAGAAUAUUUUCCUUAAGCCUUACUAUUUUUAUUAUAUUGUUGAGGAGAAAUUCACAGC